AAGGUCAGUUCGGUCUCUGCUUUCAUUGAGCGAGUACAAAAUUACCUUUGGGCUUAUUUCCUUUUCCAAAUUCCAAGUUAAAAAUUUUGAUCAAAAUGUUCAAAAGUUCCGCUAUUGUUCUCAGUCAGUGCGCUAAGGAUAGCUUUUGCAAUCGCUGCAUUCAGCCCACGCUCGUUCGGUCCCAUCACCUUAAGGUCCUUGGAAACUUGGACUACGAGAUUCGCAAGCCCGAUGAUCUUGCCGACCAGAGGCCUAAACGUUUCGGAGAUGGCUCGUUCGGAGUCAUUCGUGUCCAGGAGUCAGAGUCCUCGUCACUCGCCAACCCGAUGCAUCGUCAAUUCCUUGACGAUCUGGAGCAGCAGCAGGUCCAGAGGCUUGGAGCCAACCGGUGGUUGAAAGAAGAGAAGCAUGAAGAUCUCGAGCAGAUGAAGAAGCUAUGCCAAAAACUAGCCACCCAGAUAACCAUGUUAGCUGGAAAGGGAAAGGGCGACGAUGCCAAGUGUAAGGAGCAGGCCCAAAAGGACAAGUGCGCUAAGGAUGCUUUGAAGAAAAAAUGUGACGAAAUGGCAAAAAAGGAAAAAUGUGAAAAAGAACAAAUGAAAAAGAAGUGCGACGAAAUGAAAAAGAAGGAAAAGGGAGGAGGUUGCAAGGGCAAGGGUAAAGACUCCGAAAAGGAUAAGUGCAAGAAAAUGGCCGAAGAGGAAAAGAAGAAGAAAGAGCAGGAGAAGUGCAAGAAAAUGGCCGAGCAAGAAAAAUGCAAGAAAAUGGCUGACGAGGAAAAAAAAGAGAAAGAGCAAGAGAAAUGCAAGAAAAUGGCAGAGCAAGAAAAAUGCAAGAAAAUGGCCGAGAAGGACAAGUGCAAGAAGAAGUGAGCAGACCGGCGUUGGCGCGUUAAAUUGAAAUUUUUUUGAAGCGGCUUUAUUUAAAAACAUGCAAUUUAUUAAAUUAAAUAGGAACUGAUUUUGAACAACAA